AUGGCCUCCCUCGGACCCCUUGACGCCCUUCUCGGCAACGUCUCUGCUCAGUGCAAGCAGGCUGCCCUCCCCGCCCUCCUCAGCGCUCAGUGUCUCCACCUCACUGCCCUCGCCCCCAUCCUCUCGGGCAGCGCCGACUCCGACGUCACCCCCGUCCUCGACGGCUGGAUCAAGCAGAUCUGUGGUGCCGCCCCCUGCCAGUCUGCGGACCUCCAGCCCCUCGGCGACCAGCUCCAGCCCGUCUGUGGUGACCAGCACUCGCCCAUUGUCGACACCCUCUUCUCGAUCAAGGACCACUACGGCGACUUCUACGACGCCAUCUGUGCCAAGAAGGAUGACGGCCAGUCGUGUAUCAUCGAGGUCCUUCAGAACUUUGCCCAGAAGACCGGCAAGACUGCCUCGAUCUCCUUUGCCGGCUCGCUCCUCAACGACAUGAACGGCUUCAUGUCCGCCGCCACUGCCCUUGCCGACGGCUCCAUGUGCACCCCCUGUCUCGGUACUGUCUUCUAUGAGGGCAAGAAGUUCAUUCCCCUCAUCCAGAACGACAACACUCUCGGCACUGCCCUCGCUGGCCUCUGCGAGAAGCCCGACAACAAGCCCUACGGCGGCCAGGUCGGCGUCGGCGUUACCGUGCCCUCUGGUGAGAAGCCCAAGAACACUGGCGGCGGCUCCACUGAGUCUGCCUCUGCUUCGGCUCCCCCCACCUCGGACUCGGCCUCUGCCUCUGCCUCGGCCUCUGGCGCCCCCGCUCCCUCUGGCUCUGCCUCUGGUGCCCCCGCUCCCUCUGGUGGCUCUGCCUCUGCCUCUGGCGCUCCUGCCCCCACCGGCUCUGCCUCUGGUGCCCCCAAGCCCUCUGGCUCUGCCGCCCCCGUCCCCUCUGGCAAGCCCUCCAACGCUGGCCCCGGCCCCGCUUCGGCCGCCCACACUGGCCCCGUCGCUCCCCUCUCCAAGUCGUCUGACGCUGCUCCUUCGUCGUCCGCCAAGGCCGCCGCUGGUGCCGGUGCCGACCACGCCAAGUCGUCGGCCGGCAAGGUCACCCUCAAGGGUGCCGUCGCCGCCGCCGCUCUCGUCGGCUUGUUCGUUGCUUUCCUCUAA